AUAUAUUAAUUACCAUUUCAAUGAGGGUAAGUAAAUAGGGCAACAGUUGAAAUUUUGCAGUCACAAGUUAAUCGUUUCUUUUUCUACUGCUUGUGACUUCGAUUUUCUUUCUUUCUUCUUGUUUGUUGUGUUUUUUGGUGGAACAAAUUAUGCACCAAUUAGGCGUGAAGAAAAGCAGCAAUCUUCUUCUGGGUCCUGGUUCUGCUGCCGUGGCAAACUCUGCAGGCAAUGCCCAGCCUCUUUGCCCUAAGCCUCGAAGAGCUGGCCUUGCUAUGCCUGAGUUCCUCAACCCUAUAAGAUGUAACAAGCACAGCCAAAAAAAUUCCGAUGAGAGAAGUGGGGUUCUGAAUAUGAUCAGUGAAAAGGAAAUAUAUGGUGGAAGGGAGUAUGUGUGCACGAAAUGCUCACCGGCAUGCUACUCAGGCUCUCCACCAGGAAGAACACACAACCCUUUGGUUCAUGAUGUGCAGUUCCUUCAUCAGAUGGAGCUUCCUUCUCCACUUACAAGAACAAAGCUCUCAGAAAUUUGGUUUUAGUACAACCUCUGCCUCUCCAGUGUGAUAUAUAUCCUCACAACAUUGUGUCCCCAAUUUCUUGUAAGAAGAAGAAUUGGAGUAUUGGGUCUUGAAAAAUUUUCAGGUUCAUUUUU